AUGCGUAUCCCUCGUACUCGUCUUCGACGGAGCGGGAAGCGCGUCGUCCUCGCUCGCGUCUUCGACGGAGUGGGAAGCGCGUCGUCCUCGUCUUCGCCAUCGACGCAGACAAAAGCGCCUCGCCCUGCGUUACAAAGAAGUGUGUCUUCGCCAUCGACGGGGGCGAAAGCGCCGCUCGCCUGCGAUGAAGAGGGUGAAAGCGCCGCUCGCCAUCGACGAAGUGUGCCGCGCUUCGACGAAGACGAAGGUCGAAAGCGCCCCUCUCCACCGACGAAGAGGGUGAAAGCGCUCCUCGCUCUGGUCUUCGACGAAGGGGGCAAAAGCGCGCCUCGCCAUCACCUUCGCCCUCGCUCCCCGCCUGCGACGAAGUGUGCUGCGCUGCGUCCGCGGCGCGCGCUAGGGAAAGCCUCGAGUCGAGCACGGCGGCCUCGCUCACGAGUCGAGUCGUCGAGUCGAAUCGAGUCGGGCGAGGAGAAGGAGGACGAUGUCGAUCUCGUCGUCGGCUCGAGCACGCUCGAUGCCGACCUCGUCGUCGACUCAAGCACGCUGACUGCCGACGCGAGGUCGACUCGAGCACGCCCGCUCACGAGCUCGUUAUCGAGGCGAGUCGAGCACGACCUCGUCGUCGAGUCAAUGUCGAGUCAAGUCCAGUCGAGUCGGCUCGAGCUCGUCGUCGAGUCGAGCACGCCCGCUCACGAGCUCGUUGUCGGCUCGGGCGAGGGAGAAGGAGCACGCUCGUCAGCUCGAGCACGGCGGCCUCGCUCACGACCUCUUCGUCGGUCGACUCAAGCACGACCUCGUCGUCGAUUCGACUCGAGCACGCCCGCUCACGAGCUCGCCGUCGCCUCGAGCACGCUCGCUCACGACCCCGUCGUCGACUCGAGUAGUCGGCUCGCUCACGACCUCCUCGUCGAGUCGAGUCGAGCGAGGGAGAAGGAGGAACGAUUCGGCUCGAGCACGGCGGCCUCGCUCACGGCCACGGUCGUCGAGCACGACCUCGUCGUCAAGUCGAGCACGCCCUCUCACGACCUCGUCGAGUCGAAUUGGACGAGGGAGAAGGAGGGCGCUGCCAGCCGAGAAGGAGGGACGAUGUCGACCCACGUCGUCGAGUCGAGCACGCUCGAGCACGACCUCGCUGUUCGACUAGGGGCGAGUCGAAUCGGACGAGCAUGA